GUUUUAGGAGAAGAGUAGCAAAGUCUUCUCCACGGUUGUUCAACUCCUAAAACCCUAGCAAAAUAGUGCGGUUGGAAGCAGAGCAGUAAGCAAGCCUUCGAUAAAUUUUUCUCAUUUCACUAAAUAGCCCCUUCCCGAUUUCGUUCUCCUGCUCGUAUUAAUCGGACAUGGAAGAGGAGUUGGUAUUUGCGUCUUCUUCAAUUGGCUCCGCCAUCGGCUGCUGGGCCAUCGAAUCUGGAAAAGAGCAGCAACUUCCCUACAAAUCCUGCGGAUCUACUCCUCCCCACGGCCUUUCCUUCGUCGGCAGCCGUUUCCUUGCGUCUUCCCAAUUCUCAGACCAUACAGCCUCUUUCGGUUCAAUUAUUUACUGUUCCUUGUCCAAGGUUCCAACCGGUAGGCUGCUUCAGCAAUGGCAUGCUCAUUUGAGGCCUAUCACGUGCCUGGUAUUCAGUGAUGACGAUUCGCUUCUGGUUUCGGCGGCCGAGGAUGGUUGUGUUAGAGUCUGGCCUCUUUUGACGGUGGUUGGUGUUCAACAAAGAGAUCAAGCAAGUAAUCUCUACUUGCAUAGCUUUGCAGAGCACACUUUGCCUAUAACUGACUUGGUAAUGGGACACGGGGGUGGGAAUGCUGUUAUAAUCUCAGCUUCGAGGACAGGAGUUGCAAGUACCUUGGACAAAAGUGAUUGGCCUCACAUUAUAGGCUCUUUCCUAGUCAAAGGUCCCGUGAAUAAUAUCCUAGUCAUGAAGCGACCUCAAUGCCAGAAUGAUUCUUCAGUGGUGGCGAAGAUUGAAGUGGAGAAGCUGAAACAUGAUUGUGCAGAGUAUAAGCAAAUGCUUGAUAAGUGGAAGAGGAGGUAUGAUGCUCUGCAUGAAUUCUGCAUGGACGAGUUGUUGGCGGGAGAUAGACCCCCCAAAAGGUUGGUCAGGCCUUUGAGUAGUGAUCACAAAAGUAAAUCAUUUGGGGGAAACUCGGGCUAGAGUUUUUUAUAGUAGUAGUUGUUUCGCUUCACUCUCGUCUGAUGAUUGCAGUUAUUUACAACAAGUUAUGCUCGUGUGUUGAGAGGAAAUGUUGUUGGCAGGAAAUAGAACCCCCUAAAAGGUUGGUCAGGCAUUUGAGUAGUGAUCUUUGAGUAGUGAUCUCAAAGGUAAUUCAUUUGGGGAAAACUCGGGCUAGAGUUUCUAUAGUAGUACGUUUCGCUUCAUCUCUGUUCUGGUCAUUGCAGUUUAUUUACAUCAAAUUAUGCGUGUGUUGAGAGGAAAUUUCUGCCUAUCGCCAAAUUAAUAUGUGAAGAUAUAUGACUUUUUACCAGUGAAAAUACGUAUAUAUAAAUAUGUAUGGGU